AUGGUCUAUAAAGGAUCCGACAGUUUCUCGCAUGUCCCAAGCGAUCCGCUGAGGACUUACGAGACUUACGGCGGUGAGUUAAGAAGAUCUUCGACAACUUCCAUCGGCAACUCCUACGGACUUCUUCCUUCGCCUGGAAUGGCAUCCACGUUGUCCUCUGAUAAUCGGACACCAGACGCUCCAGCUACUACGAAACGUAGGCUGGAAGAGCCUGGUGCAGACAUCGACGCCGGCGGACAAGACGAGGAGCAGCUACCGUUUAGUGAACCCGACCACAAGACUCCUAGAAACUGGGAGAGCUCAUAUCGCGAGGCCAAGUUAGCCUACCUUAAGGUGAAGGGAGACAAUCUGGCGCUGAAGGGUUCCCUUAUCGCGAAGGAUACACAGCUAGUCGAGAAGGAUCAGAAGAUCGUCCAGCUCAGGCAAGAUGCGACUCGCGUCAGAGAGAUCACAAAUCAACGGGACAAGACUAUCAACGAGUUCGAGCGCGAAAAUCAGUACCUGAAGAUCAAGCUUGCAAACGAGCAAGCCGUACACACCUACUUGCACCACUUCAUCGCCAGCAUGCCUCCCGAGCGCCGCCCGCAUGUACCUUCGCACAUUCCUUCCCUCGAUGAGACCGUCCGCAACAGCAAGGACUACUUACAUCCGGACGCGCCACGCGAGGGCCUCAAAAACUUUCGUGGAUUCCAACCGACUCUUCACUACGCCGCCGGCAACGGCAAGGUCAGACCCAGCAGGUAUGGCUCCAACGCUCACUGGGACUUGGGCCUCUGCCUCGUACACUUCAUGACCCUCAACGCAUUCUUCAUCAUAAUCCUGCUACUGCUUCUCUCAAUCUCCUACUUCGGGUGGUACUUUUACGCUCGGUGGAAUGCAUCCCGCAAUGGCCUACCACCGCCCUCGAUGAACCCCAUGGUCGCCUUCAGCCGCUCCUCGUCCUCUGGUGCCGCAACUUCAAACUACCCCGGCCCUGCGCCCACGGGCAUCAAAGGCUGGUUCGACACCCAGCUGCGCAAGUUCAAGAACAGGAACAACCGGUACACAACGGGUAGCGGCUAUGAAGACGCAGGCUACAGCGGCGGACGAGGUGUUGGCGGAGGCCGUGGUGCAGGCAGUCGUCUUGAUCCCGAUGAAGCCUGGAGUUCGCGCGUGGGCGAUGAAGCAUACUAUGAAGAGCAGGAACUCGGUCUCCACGAACCCGUAUCUACCCAUGGACAAACUGCGAACCCGUAUGCAAGCCCUUCCCCAUACAACAACACCACCGAGCCCAGUCGCGGACGCAGCCGCACGCGAGACUCCUACGACGAACACCUUGACGCACAGAGCACGCGUAAUCCUUUCGGCGAUGACAACGCGGCGAGUCUAAGAGGCGUGAGUCCCAGGCCAGUGCUAGAUGCUGAUACGAGUUAUCGGGGUGGUGCCACGGCAACCAUGCCAAGCGCCCCCAAGCACAAGAAGGCGGGCAGUGUGGACAGCAUCGACAACAGCCCAACGGAGAGCCGGAGAAUGCUGGUCAAGUCUGAUAACUAUGUCGCUCUUGGUCUUGUCGUCAAAACCUUCGAAAAAAAAGGCAACCAGGAAGCCGCUUCAAUAUCAGUCGACUACAACGAGGCCCAUAUGGUCCAAACAACCCUCCACCGCCUCCCGCCGUACCCCCACCAGAAGCUUACGAGCAACAGCGGGGGGAAGGUCGAGGUCGUCCCAACCGCAAACAAGAGCGCAGGCGCAGCCGUUCGCCUGCCCACCCUCGAGACUGUUCUGGUACGCGUUAGCCAGGUCAAACCUGAGGUCGAAAAUGCUGGCGAUAAGUCGAAUAGAGGGUUCAACGGAGAUUGCAACAAUGACCAGGGCGACAACAUGGGACAGGCUUCAUCGCCCAAGGUUACUGCCGAUAGUCGUUUGUCCGCCAACAUCUGGCGUGACCAAGAACAGUUGAGUGUCUCCCCACCGCGUGCUGGUUACUACGUUGAAGACGAGGUAGACUGGGGCGAAGAUGACGAUGAUGACCCGACCAAGUCUGGAAAGCCAGGCCAGUAUCAUAUCCACCCACAGCGCCAGGCCAUGGUUCAGGAGCCCUUCUUAGGUCUUCCACAUUUCAAGAACGCAGAGGUCGAUGAAAUACCAGCGACAGUACAAGAUCUGCGUGGCUACGAUCACCGCAUCAAGGUCAUGUAUGAACGCAAACCCAAGAACCAGCGUUUCAUCAAUGGUGGCAAUGGUAAGGUCGCACCAGCACUGUAUGGAUCCGAGCAGCGACACGACCUAGGACUCUGCUUCGCUACCUUCCUCACGCGUAAGCGUUGCGAGAUGGGUGUCAAUUGUCCUUGGCGUCAUCAUCCACUAUCCAAUGCGGAGAAGGCCUGGAUCAUUGAGUAUGGCAAAAAGAAGGGCAAAGAGUUUAUCGACAACAAUGACAGGUGGUGGUCUUACCCUGAGGUACCGGUGCCAGGAGCUAACAUGCAAGGCUGUGGUGACAAGGACACCUGA